AUGAAGCAUCAUUUUAUGGCUACUGAUAAUCAAAUUUGCUCCAUCCAAACAGCUGAAUUUUCGUUCCGAUCACUGUGCACUAGCUCUUCCGAUAGGCUAGAUCUAGGAUACCGACAGCUAUGGCUAUAUGCUAUACGUCAUUACAUGGCCAUCCCUCUACCUGCAAAAAAUGAUGAGGAUCUUCUGGUAAAGCCAGAUCGCGGGAAGCUUGAUGAGAGAGCUCUUUACGAAAUGGCUAAACUUGCCCAGAGACUUGGUUUUGGUUCGAAGGAGAUAGAUACCCUUCUUAAAAAGUCCCCAGACCGCCUGAUAGCUCGUAAUGCUUUGCUCCAAGCUCGACAACUUGACUAUUUCCAAUACGAUCCAACCCAAUUUGAGACCCUUAUUGAUCGCGUUUCUGCAUGUUUUUCCUUCGCUGCUGAAUAUAGGAAGCCGGAGUCUGAGCUUCUAGCUGAUAUCGAUGUCUCUCCACGUGCUAGAUGCGGGUUUCCUCAGAAUAUCUCUCAUCUCUUUCUUAAUGAGAUGCACUUGAAGACUCCAUUCUCUCCUGUUACAACGCUCUUCGUACGGCGUUGUUUUUACUUCGCUUUCUUUGGGAGACGCUCGCUUCCUGAUCGAGGAUCUUCAAAGUCAGGGACUGUGCCACCAAGAAAUACUUCUCCUUUAUCAGCCGAUGAAGAUGAAUCAAUGGGGUCCCCUGAGCCAGCCGACAAUACAUCAGAAGAAUCACCUAGGAAAGGACGUUCAAUCCACGAGAACUUUGUGACCCGAAAACUCUUAGAGGGACAAAGAGUCUCAUUUGUCAAAGCAGAUACGAUAUCCGACCAGGACAUAGGAGGUGAGAGCCCGCUAGCAGAUGACUCAAUUGUCUCAUUAAGUUAUGAUGAGCCUGACGUAAGCUCAGACAGCCUAUUGAUCGAUCCCUUAGUGUUGCGACCUUCGCAGAACUCUGUUACAGACUCAAUUGAUGGAAACCAUUCAGAUUACUCCAACCAGCCAUCAACGCCUAACAAAAGCGAGUCGGAAUACGAGAAUCAAGGCCAGGCUAAUCCAGACCUUACCAGGGAGUACUCCCCCUCUAUCUACUCUACCAGGAGGAGGACAAGUACCGGGAACGAAGAGGUUGGAAUACCAGGCCGAAUUUCUCCGGACUUAGCAAGAUAUACUCAAGAGAGGGAAAGAAUCGAUAAAGACUGGGAACGAGAAAGGCUGGAGCAGGAACCUGGCAUAAGCGUUCCAAAGCACAUUGAAGUCCCUCAAUCAUUGAACAGUUCAGAAGGUCCCACUUUUCCUGAAAGUCUUAGUCACCCAUACGACACUAGCAAAAGUAAUUCAUCUAGCCCGGCCCCUUAUGUCGAGCCGGAGAUGGUGGAUCAGCCGGCAGGUAGCUUAUCUGAAGGGCUGCAUAUGCAUGCUCAGCCGAAGUCGAUCGAAUUUCAUUUCUGGUCCUUUGAGCGCGGAGAGUGGCAAGUGGUAAAUUCUCUUUGGGUCAAUCCCUCGGACACGUCGCAUGUAGAAAGCAUUACCAAGAAGUAUAUGAGGAAAGAAUUCUCAAUCUAUGAUAGGUUUUUGAAUAGUCACAGCCCCAAAACAUGUUUUGCAGCAGGCGUUGCGGAUGGGAAUAAUACAGUAUUUGUCCUUUCAAAAGAAGAAGAGGAUAAACUUGUGGCCAAGGGUAAGAUGAAGAGAAACAAAAUCAUCAUGUUAAUGCCUGCGGAUCGGGAUCAGUCAGAAAGAGCAACAAAGCGGGCUCGUGUGAUUGAUUCCUAG